UUUAUCGGUAAGGUAGUAGAGGUGGCAUAGCUACUAACGGUAGGUAAGUACUUCACUCAGUUUUCGCGACUGUGAAAGUUGAAUUUGUGUGCGAAAAUCAUCCAGAAAGAUCCACGACGGUUGACUUUAUUUAAACAGUAUCAAUUCAAGCCGUGACAAAAUUGUCCUGAAUUUCGCCAAAGCAAUAUUUAGAAAAACAAUUCGCACCUCGUUAAGCAAACUUACAAGAAAUUCUUCCCGUUAAAUUAUGCGAUCAAGAUGACCAUCACUUGUCCAAAAGGUUUACUCUCAACACGCUUCGUGAUUGGCAUAAUGCUAUUCACGGCGUGUUUUGUAUCUUACACGAUGCGAGUCAACAUUUCGAUAAACCUCAUAGCCAUGGUGGAGCCCACCAGUGCAAAUUCAAACACUUCGGAACCGGAAUGUGCCCGAAUCAACCGCGAAAACUCCGGAAAUGAAACAUACCAAGCCCAAACAUCCGCACCUGAUUACGGCACUCGCUACGAUUGGGACUCAAACGUGCAAAGCCUCAUCCUAGGCUCCUACUUCUGGGGCUACACCAUCACAUGCAUCCCUGGCGGAGUCCUGGCCGAAAAAUUCGGCCCGACUCGAACUGUCAUGAUCGCAACUUUAGCCAGCGGUUUUUUGACUCUUUUGGGCCCUUUGAUGGCCUCCUGGAGCUACAUUUCGUUGAUUUUGUCCCGCUUUUUGACCGGAUUGUGUGGGGGGGUUGUUUACCCGUGCUUGCAUUGCCUGGUGUCUCGGUGGGCCCCUCCGGAGGAAAAAGGCAAGUUUAUUGGGGCCCUGCUGGGUGGGACUUUCGGUACAGUGGCCACGUGGCCCCUUCUGGGGGCCAUUAUCGAGGCUUUGGGGUGGUCGUGGUCGUUUUUUAUUAACGGAGGGUUGGUGCUACUGUGGUGCAUUUUGUGGAUUGUUUUGGUGGCCGAUCGGCCGGAGGGGCAUCCAAGGAUAAGUGAAGAGGAGAAAAUUUAUAUAGUGAAAAGUUUAGGCGAUUCUGUUAAGCGAACUAAGAGUUUGCCCCCUUAUCGUAACAUUUUCCUGUCAAUACCAGUCUGGUCUUUGAUUGUGCUACACUUUGGUAAUUUAUGGGGGCUGUAUUUUUUGAUGACUGCCGGCCCGAAAUUUCUCUCAACCGUCCUGGGGUUCAAUUUGGGGCAUACCGGGAUUUUGGCAGCACUGCCCUAUUUGGCACGACUCAUUUUUGGUUUUAUUUUUGGACUUAUUGGCGAUUUUAUCAGACAGAGGAAACUCCUAUCGACUAUAAUAGUCCGGAAAGGAUUUAUCCUAUUUUCACACAUCAUCCCCGGGGGGCUCCUCCUGGUGCUAAACCUGACCGGCUGUGACAUCACCUGGUCAAUAGUGCUCCUCACCCUAUCGCUGGGUUCCAACGGGGCUUCGACGUUAACAAAUUUGCAAAAUUCGCAAGAUCUGGCGCCGAAUUACGCCGGAACCCUGUAUGGAAUCGCAAACUGCGUUGGGAGCACCACCGGAUUUAUCUCACCGAUAAUUGUGGGCCAACUUACCGCUAAAAAUAACGGAAUGAGCGAGUGGCACAUUAUUUUCUGCAUCGGUGCCUUGGUUUACAUAGUUUGUGGUCUAGUGUUUUGCGUUUUUGGAAGUGCGGAAAUUCAGACUUGGAACACGCCCAAAGAAAACCAAAAAAUGGGGAUCCAAAAUCCGGCUUUCGACAACGCAAGUGAGAUUACAGUCAAAGUUGGCGAGGCUGAUGAAAAUACCAAAGUUUAAUUUUAUUUAUUUAAGUGAGUUGUGACAGUAUUUUAUCUAAUAAUAAAGAUAUUUUUUCACGA